GCUGUGAAAUUCUACAAAAAUCUUGGAGCCUAUGGACUCCCUAAAUCCAUUUUUCUACCCUCCUGAAUCAUUUCUUGAAGAUUUGGAAUCACAGAGUUGAGCAAGUGAUUUGUUAGGUGUGAUGGAAGGCAGACGCAUAAGAAGAUUUGGGAGAGGCAGCCAAAGCAGUCAGACCCUUCUGCCACUUCGACUCACUCGCCUUACAAACGCUGUUUCUUGUUGGUACUGCGACUUCAAAACAUCUGUCUUGAAUGAACCUCUAUAUCGAUAUGGUCGUCGUCAUUCCAGGUGUUUGAGAGUUUGGUUUUCGGUGGGCCUCGGGUUUAGUCUUACUGCAUUGCUUGGAGUAAUUUUGAUUCUUCUAUGGGAAUUUGGAGGAGCUAUCCAUCUGUAUAAAGGGAAUGAUGGGAUGAUCAGUCUUUUCAACGGAUCAUUAUUUGGGUUUUCCUCUUCGAUUUCCGGUCUAAUCAUGUCACUUCCUGAUAUUGGAUACAUCUUUCUGUCCUCCAUUCUGUCUGUAUUCAUCCAUGAAGUUGGGCAUGCUCUUGCUGCUGCAAGUGAGGGUAUACAGAUGGAGUAUAUUGCUGUCUUUCUAGCGGUGUUGUUUCCAGGAGCUCUGGUGGCUUUAAAUGAGGAGUGCUUGCAGGCAUUACCAAGAAAUGCUGCCCUUCGUAUAUAUUGUGCUGGAAUUUGGCAUAAUGCCACUUUUUGUGUGGUUUGUGCCUUGGUUUUGUUUCUACUGCCAUCGAUCUUGGACCCAUUUUACAUACACGGUGAAAGUCCCAUGGUCCUGUAUGUGUCUCCUAUGUCACCAUUGUUUGGUUAUCUCUCUCCCCAUGACUUAAUUAUAUCAUUAGAUGGCACCCGCAUUCAUAAUGUACAACAGUGGAAGGAGAAGGUUGCUCUUUUAAAUUGGCAGCUUGAAAACUUACACAAUUCUGGCGAAUACAAAGGCCUCACGAAAAUCAAUGGCAGAAUAGGGUAUUGUGUGCCCUCUUAUCUGAUUAGGAACAGUAUGCAGCUUCAGUUGGAAGGCAAUUAUACAAGUUGUCCGGAUGAACUUUUUGCACUUGCAGCUAGCCCUUGCUUAAAUCCAGCAGUGCUAGAUAAUGUAAGCAUUGAAGAUAAUCGUGCUAGGGGAAGUGAAAGCAUUUACUGCCUCAAUCCUAUGGAUGUUAUAAAGCUAAGAAAAUGUGGUGAUGGAGUGAGAACCCUUAGCGACCAAAGAAGAUGCUCAUGUUUGGAGGAAGAAUAUUGCUUCGCUCCAGUCCAGAUGCCAGGUCUAGCAUGGGUAGAAAUAACGUAUUCAAGGCCUGCUUCUCCUGGAUGCCGGAAACUUGCAAGAAAUUGGCUUCCAAGAUAUGAGAAUUCUGUUUCUGGAGAAACGAGCUGCGUUUCAAGUUUCACGUUUGUGGGUGAUUUAAUUACCCUGGGACAUGCACUUCAUUUGACUUCAUAUGAACCUCGUUGGUUGAUGGAUGUUGGUGCAUCUCUUCCAAAUAUGCUGGAAAAGCUCUUUAUAUGCGCCUUCCAUGUAUCUCUCAGUCUUGCUCUUCUCAACAGUUUACCAGUGUAUUUUCUUGAUGGUGAAUGCAUUUUAGAGGUGAUACUGCAAUACUUCAAUUUCUUGAGGCCAAGGGCAAGGAGAAAAGUUCUUCAAUGGGUCCUAGUUGGAGGGACAAUUCUUUCUAUACAUACUUUCUUGCGGAUGUUCAUUGUUAAAUUCUAGACUGAUCAACCUUUUAACUCUCCUUGCCACUGAUUUUGAUGUCUCUUCUAAAAGUCUCGUGCAUACAAGUAUCUUUCAUUUUGAGAA